AAGAAGAAAGGAAGAUGGUACCUACUACCUAGCAUGGCAUUGGCAGUGCCGUGCAAAGGCAUUUGAUCUGCCUAUCACCUAACCCCAACGUGUCAUUAUUUUUUCGCCCCUCUGUAGACUCAAACUACUCCGUCAACUCUCUCACUCUGCGUUGCUCUCUCUAAACCUCCCCAAGAUCCGAUUCCUAUUGACAGGGGAAAGAGAGAGAGAGAGAGGAUUAAUCACAUCAUGUCUGACAUAGCUAAAGAAGCAUGGAGAAAAUAUCUUAUUCAACUUCAAGCCCACCCUCUUAGAACCAAGGCAAUAACUUCUGGGGUGUUAGCUGGAUUCAGCGAUGCAAUUGCGCAAAAGAUUUCUGGGAUCAAAAGGCUUCAGUUGAGAAGAUUGCUGCUUAUCAUGCUUUAUGGCUUUGCAUAUGGAGGACCAUUUGGGCACUUCUUUCACAAACUGAUGGAUAUUAUUUUCAAGGGAAAGAAAGACAACAAAACUGUAGCGAAGAAGGUGUUGUUGGAACAAUUCACUUCUUCUCCUUGGAACAAUAUGCUUUUUAUGCUGUACUAUGGCUUGGUACUUGAAGGAAGACCAUGGGGUUUAGUGAAGAGUAAGGUCCGUAAUGACUUUCCUUCUGUUCAAUUGACAGCCUGGAAGUUCUGGCCUAUAGUCGGUUGGGUGAAUCACCAGUAUAUGCCAUUGCAGUUCCGUGUUCUAUUUCAAAGCUUUGUUGCUUCAUGUUGGGCAAUCUUUCUGAAUCUGAAAGCGAGGACUUCCACAAUUAAGCAGUCAUAGAAUAGAACAGCCUUUAUCUUCUAGUUUUCUUUUUCUGCACUUUUAAAUUCACUACAUAUAUUGUUAGAACUUAAAACCACAAAUUAUAUUAUUCUAGGACUUUGGUAGAUGUGUUGGUGUCUUGAGGGUAGAUGUUUGUUUAAUCUUGUGAAUCAAGCAUAUAUUUUAUUUAACUUCUUA